AUGAGCAUCCUAUCAUCUACUCACCUUCCAUGUUUAUUAGUUGACAACACACUAACAAGUGAUCAAAUGGCUUUCAAGACACAUCUUCCAGUGGUUCAUUUUAUGGGUUCUCGUGUAGGAGGGGAAUUAUUGAGUGGGGGCAUAUCACAAACUGAGCAUUUGUUCUCAAAAUACCCAGAUCUAAUCGCUGUUAUUCCCUUAUGUCCUCGUUUGGGAGAUGGUGAAACUCUCUGGGUGGACCAUGUUCGAGGACCGUUCCUACCUCAAGCUCUUGGGCUUUCUGUGAAAACUGGCUAUCUUUUUGAAAAAGCUGUUAAUUGGAGUCGCUUUAUUUUGUUAAACAGUAAUCAGUAUCCGGCAUGGAUGUCUGAAGUUCAAUAUUCUGCGCAAUGUUUGGUUAGAGAGAUUAUUCUAGUCUCCUCCGGCCUCUUUCCGAACGAAUUAAAGUAUAAUAGUGACCUUAUUCGCCCCAGUCUUUUCAGUCCUUUGUGGUGGGACUAUCUUACUUCCAAACCAGAUGUCCAGUUCCGGUAUGUAACGAAUAGAUCAAUCCAACCAAGUAAUCCAUCAAUUUACCCCCGUAAUACUAAAAUGAAAUGGAUACAAACUAAUACCACUAGUGCUAUGUUAAACUUUGUUGAUAAAUUCGUUUGCGGAAUUAUGUGUGAUAUUCAAAAUACCAUAAAAAUGAUCCAAGUCAAUAAAUCAUCUCGUUGUAAUAUAAACAAACCUGAUUCUUUAUCACAAAGAUCUCAGAAUGCAUAUGAACAUGAAUCACCAGUCCAGUGCACUUUGAAUAUAAUAAACUCUCUAUUAAAUACAAGCAAAAUAAAUAACAAACUAUGCAAUAAUGUUAGUCGAUUUACCACAAAUCGUCCUGAUUCUAGAAAUGUAACCACCAAUUGUUUACCUCAAGCCAACUGUUUUGAACAUCCGGAAGUUGAUAAACCAGUUGUUUAUCAUUAUGCUGAUAACUUAGUAGAAGAAUCUGUAGAAUAUAGUCAACAGUUAUCUGCUUUACAUACUCAUCAUUUGUAUACAUAUGUUGAUAAACUAAUUUCUAAUGCAUUCCGAAAUGCCAACAAAUUAAUGAGUUGGUCGACUCUACUAUCUAAGCAAAUAAUUGAUGAAGUUAAAUAUUCAUGUGUGUCCCGUAAUCAUAAUAAUGAAUCAAAUAUGAUGAAGUCAAUGAUCAGUGAUAUGGCUGUUGAAUUUAAUAAAACAAAUUCUAUCACUAAUGCUGCCGAUAAUCGGUUACAUGAAGAUUACCAUAUAGAUGAAAAAUCUCCACAACUUCAGAUAAAUCAACAGAAUGGUUCUUUAGAGUGUGAGAAGAGAUGUCCCACAGACUAUCUAGAUGAAAACCAGUCCCGUCAACUCCUAAAUAAGUGUCCAUCUCCAGAGUUGCGUCAUAUAUUUCCAACAAAUAAUUCUUCACUAAUCAAGGAUACUAAUGAACGAUACAUGAAGACACAUUCGAAUAAAUACUCAAACCAAUUGAUAUCAAGCUGUAUAAAUUCCGAAAAACUCCUUUGUAUACAACCAAACUCCAUUAUGAAUGGUUCACCUCAUGUUUUCAUUUCAGAAAAACUUUUCGAAUUUUCAAAUAGUAUAGCUGUACAAUGUCUUAUUUCAGCAUUCAGGGAAAUUUACAUCCAAAGAAUGUCUUAUCAUUUGAAUCAAAACCCUUCAAUGAAUGCAACUCCUGACUUUAUCAUCAGCAACAAUAAUCAAGAUCCAUCGGAAUUAAAUCGAUACAAUCAUUCGAACAUACGACCUCCAGGUUUAAUAUUAGAUUGUGGGCUAGAAGAAUAUUCCUCCAACUACUAUGCAGAUCCACAACUACGUAUUUUAAUCCAAUGGAUAUCAGCUACACUAGUUUAUAAUUCUCCUUGUUCUAAAUUGAGUUAUUUAGAUAGUAAAAUAAAUUCAUUUCCGGAUAAUAAGAAUAAUGAUAAUAGUGAUUUAAACAAAGAAUUCAAAGAUGAAAUUUCCAUGGAACACUCGUGUUCACCUUUGGUUUGUUGUACAAAUGGCAAUUCAAAAUUAAAAGACCUUCAAACAAUUGUUUCAUUGGUAUACAAAGCUUCAUGGACUGCUAAAGAUUUAUUUUGUGCUAUAUUGGAUUAUUUUCAUUAUAGAUCUGAUCAUUUAAAACAUUCAAAUCAUAAUAAUAAUAAUAGUUUUAUCCAAUCACAAAAGAAUAAUCAUGGUACUUAUUAUUCAACUUGUCUCAAUUUUCAACCUAUAUCAGUAUCACAAGAAAAAUCCAAGAGAACCGUUUUAUCUUUAUUUGAUUAUCUCAUUCAACAGUUUCACAAUGUUCAAUAA